CCCCCAUCACCACCCGGCUUCCGGUUGCCGCAUCCCGUUUCGCCGCGCUGCCGCUGCUCUCCUCUGCUCCGCGGAACGCCGCCAUGUCCUUGCUGUGCUACAACCGGGGCUGCGGCCAGCGCUUCGACCCCGAGACCAACGCGGAGGAUUCAUGCACAUAUCAUCCAGGUGUGCCAGUCUUUCAUGAUGCUCUCAAAGGUUGGUCGUGCUGUAAGAGAAGAACAACAGACUUCUCUGACUUCUUAAGCAUUGUGGGCUGUACAAAGGGUCUCCAUAACAGUGAGAAACCUCCUGAGCCUGUUAAACCAGAUGUCAAAAGUACCACUGAGCGAAAAGAGCUAGCUGAACUGAAACCCAAAUUUCAGGAACACAUCAUUCAAGCACCAAAACCACUGGAAACAAUUAAAAGACCAAGCCCAGAUGAGCCAAUGACAAAUUUGCAGCUGAAAGUUUCAGCUUCCUUGAAGCAAGCUCUAGAUAAACUGAAACUCUCAUCAGAAAACGAAGAGAAAAAAGAGGAGGACAGUGAUGAAAUCAAGAUAGGGACACCAUGUAAAAAUGCAGGCUGUUCAAAAACGUACCAAGGACCACACAGCACUGAAGAAGUGUGUCAGUACCAUUCUGGCGUGCCUAUAUUUCACGAAGGGAUGAAAUACUGGAGCUGCUGUAAAAGGAAAACAUCUGACUUCAAUACGUUUUUAGCCCAAGAGGGCUGCGCAACAGGAACACACGUAUGGACUAAAAAGGAUGCAGGGAAGAAAGUAGUUCCAUGCAGGCAUGAUUGGCAUCAGACUGGAGGAGAAGUGACUGUUUCUAUAUAUGCUAAGAACUCUGUCCCUGAUCUGAGCUAUGUAGAAGCAAAUAGCACAGUGUUAAAUAUCCAUAUUGUGUUUGAAGGAGAAAAGGAAUUUCAUCGCAAUGUGAAAUUAUGGGGAGUAAUUGAUGUAAAGAGGAGUUAUGUGAACAUGACAGCUACAAAGAUUGAGGUUACUAUGCGAAAAGCAGAGCCUCUAUUAUGGGCAAGUCUUGAAUUACCAGUAUCCAACACUCAACAAACAAGUGAGAAUUCAGAUCAAUAAUAAUUCCAAGAGAUGAGAUUUCCUAUUGUGAAGUGGUGACUUGCUACUGUAAUCAAGUAUUUAAUUUUUAUAUAGUUUUUUUAAUAUUUGAUCUUGUUCCAUUCUACAACAAAGUUCUAAUGCGCAGCGAAUGAAAGUAUCAACUUCAAGAGUAAUAGCUAUUUCUUCUGCUCUUGCUCCCAUGAGAAUAUUUAUUCUGGUUGGAGUGUCUCCAUGAGGAUUUAAAAUGAAAGAGCUAUUGCUUUCUGCUUACAACCUUACCUACUAUGCACUGACCAUGAAAGCAGAUGUGCUGUCAGUCUGCGGUGUGUGUUAAUUUUCCAAGUGCUGUGUUUAAACUGGGACUCUUCGGUAGUACGUGUUAGAAUCAGAGCUCUUCAUUGUGAAGCACACAAUUUUAAAGGGAAAAAAAGCCUGACUUUUUCAAGUGGUGAACAUGCAAUUCCACAUCUAAAUUAAAAAUACCCAUGAAAGUAAAUGUUAAAAAGCACUUGUAGACUUCUAUUCUUGUCUGCUGGAACUAAUGUUUGUUUCAAUACCUGUUGGCUGUAAAGGGAUGGAAUAAAAGGUAUUUUGAUAAGAGCUUCA